AUGGAGUUCUACGACUUAAACUGUGUGAGACCAUUUGGCUUUCCAGAUGACUUCGCAGUGGCAGCCGAAGAUAAACCUGUCAUUUUCAAGGCUUUUACAUCCUACUCACUUACCUACUACAUCCUACUCACCUACCUACUACAUCCUACUCACCUACCUACUACAUCCUACUCACCUACCUACUACGUCCUGCUCACCUACCUACUACUACAUCCUACUCACCUACCUAUUACAUCCUGCUCACCUACCUACUACAUCCUACUCACCUACCUACUACAUCCUGCUCACCUACCUACUGCAUCCUGCUCACCUACCUACUACAUCCUGCUCACCUACCUACUACAUCCUACUCACCUACCUACUACAUCCUACUCACCUACCUACUACAUCCUACUCACCUACCUACUACAUCUCCUACCUACUCACCUACCUACUACAUCCUACUCACCUACCUACUACAUCCUACUCACCUACCUACUACAUCCUACUCACCUACCUACUACAUCCUACUCACCUACCUACUACAUCCUGCUCACCUACCUACUACAACCUACUCACCUACCUACUACAUCCUGCUCACCUACCUACUACAUCCUACUCACCUACCUACUACAUCCUACUCACCUACCUACUACAUCCUACUCACCUACCUACUACAUCCUGCUCACCUACCUACUACAUCCUGCUCACCUACCUACUACAUCCUGCUCACCUACCUACUACAACCUACUCACCUACCUACUACAUCCUGCUCACCUACCUACUACAACCUACUCACCUACCUACUACAUCCUGCUCACCUACCUACUACAUCCUACUCACCUACCUACUACAUCCUACUCACCUACCUACUACAUCCUACUCACCUACCUACUACAUCCUACUCACCUACCUACUACAUCCUACUCACCUACCUACUACAUCCUACUCACCUACCUACUACAUCCUACUCACCUACCUACUACAUCCUACUCACCUACCUACUACAUCCUACGAUACAUCUAA